AUGACGGAGAAGACGAAGGGGGGGAGAGGGCCCCCUGGGGGCCUGCCCGGACAGGGGAUCCUACCAGUCUCCCUAGCCAUGGUCGGUGUGCUAAGACACCGGACCCUCACCCAUGGCUGGGAGCGGCGUGACGACAAGUCCGCCGGUAUGGUUGGGAGUGGUGGGAGACUGGAUCCCCACGAGAACGAUUCCGACGAGCCCGCUGUGGUAUUCCUGAAGAGGUGGUUGGCACCGGCUAAGAUUAACGAUAUCGCCGGUCCAGCCUCCUUUCCCCGGGAAGCAUAUCUAGGUAGCUGUAAUUGCUUGGCAGCCUCCCGGGGAACUUCCCCACUAAGGACGGGAGAAGUCGACACCAAUGUACUCUCCAAUCCAGGCGUGGAAAAACAUGGCACCGGAGGUAAACCGGCGUCGUGGGAUGUGCCUCAUCCCGCAGGGUUCCGGCAACCAGAAAGCCAUCUAACCUGGCUGUCCCACUCAAGACCCUCAACUACAGCAAAUGAAGGGAGAUCGGGGCAGUCAGGACCUCGGGGCUCCCGAACUAAGAGCCCCGAGACCCUAAAGUACACGAAAACCAGCGGGACUACCUAUCCUGCCUUGGAAGAACUUCUUCUCUCUAACGACGACUCCACACUUUCCCUGCCCCAAUGUCAGGGUGGUGUAUGGCCCUUCCCUGGGAAGCGAGGAUACAUUAACGAAAUAUCUUUCGAGAUCCUCGCGGGCUUCCCUCCGCCGCAUCGCCCAGGAGAUACGCCCAGCAUGCGACCAGGUAACAGCCAUUGCGUCAAGUCUAAGAAAGGCGAAUGGUACUCUACACGGGAGCGAGGCGGGCCCUCGUCCGAAAACAAUGAGGCGUACCAACCGAACCCUACUUCGGCGUCGGAUAGGCAUGCUUUUUCGUCGACAGAGGGCGUAGGCAAGCCCUCACCUAUGCCAGUCGAAUUACUGCACAAACCCCGGCACACCACCAAGAUGGUGGGAGCGAUUACAACGACAACACUAAACACGCUGGCGUGCUCCUGCCUGUGGCCGAACUGCCGCGUUAAUAAUGAGGGACCUAAUGUCCCUCUAUACCGCGUUCGGCCACAAUUGGCCACUAAAGGCCGGGGAGCCGAUCGGCCAUUUACAAGGCCCAUAACGAAGGGCCACCGCCAACGCCUCUGUAAGCCGUCCCCAUAUAACAUCGGGGAGCAAAAGGGCAGCGGGGCACCCUCCCAUCCGGGGGUCGGUAUUUCCAACCCACUUCCUAGCCCUCCAGCCUCUUAUAUCAGGCAGGCCUAA